AUGCGCUUCUUCACGACCACCCAACUUUUUACAUUCUGUCUCUCUUUGGCCCACUCUGCUUGGGCUUCCAGCUCUGAUGAUUUGGAAGUUCAAGUAGGCAAGCAUGUUGUUUUCUCGUAUCCUGGACUUCAGCCUUCCGACCAUCUCUUGGACUUGAUCAAGCAAGGGAAGGUGGGCGGCAUCAUUCUCUUCGGGGAGAAUGUAGGCGAUAAUCUUAGCACGGUAAUCACCGGCUUUCAAGAGGCUUACAAACAAAGCGUUGCCUAUUCAGGGGCUCCGCUCCUUAUAAUGACCGACCAGGAAGGAGGUGAAGUUCGUCGAUUACCUGGCGGACCUGUCAAAAGCGCCAAAGAGGUUGGCCAGUCGGAAAAUCCCAGAACAACCGCGAUACAGAGCGGAAACGAUGCUGCAAGUGCUCUUCAGAGCUAUCAAGUGAAUUGUAAUCUUGCCCCAGUCCUUGGUGUGUAUCGCGAGACAGGAGACUUCCUCGACAACUAUGGGCGCUCUUACGGAAACACAUCUACCCUGGUCGGUAUGUGUAGUUCUGCCUUUAUUCAAUCGCAGCAAGAUGCUGGAGUUAUUGCAACAGUGAAGCAUUUUCCAGGUUUGGGCGCAGCAGGGAAAAAUGAAAAUACCGAUGAAGAACCCGUCACUAUCAACUUGACACUUGACGAGAUUCGGUCUGUUGAUGAAGCCCCUUAUAAAGAGGCUAUUACUGCUGGAGUCGACAUGGUAAUGAGCUCAUGGGCUUUGUAUCCCGCAUUGGAUUCUAAGUACCCGUCAGGACUCAGCCAAUCCUGGGUACAAGAUGAAUUGCGAGGCCGACUGGGCUUCAAAGGUGUCACAAUCACGGAUGCCAUUGAGGCCGGUGCACUUGAAGCAUUCGGUGAUGAUGCAGCUCGUGCAGUCUUAGCUGGUCAGGCUGGUAUGGAUAUAAUUCUUGCCUCUGCCAGGAACGUUUCACAGGGGGAGGCUAUCGUCGGUGGCAUGGUUGCAGCCCUACAGGAUGGCUCACUAUCUCUAAAUGAUUUCUCGGAAAGCACUGAACGUAUUAUGACUCUUCGAAAGAAGUCCAUUUCUUCUUAA